AUGCAAUUUAACAUACUCCACCCAGCACCUAUGUACCCACCCGCAGCGCAUGUGCCAAUGUACGGCGUACAGUACGACACAGCGACGGGUGGUUGGGCGUCAGUACCGUACGAUGUCACGGUGACGAGGAACGAAGGUGAGGGCUUCGGUUUCGUCGUCAUCUCCUCAGCAAAUAAAGCCACUAGUACUAUCGGUCAACUGAUCCCUAACUCCCCCGCCGCUCGCUGCGGCUACCUCCACGUCGGAGACACCAUCGUCGCCAUAAACCACAUGCCGAUUCGUAACCUGCCCCACCCCGAAGUGGUCGGCCUCAUCAAGCAUUCCGGUACCACUGUCACCCUCACGGUACUCCCUCCCGAAAGACAAGACUGA